UGUCGAGGCCAGGGUUCCAGCUGCCACACAGUUGAAAUCUCUCUCCUUUUUAUGUCCAUUUUUGAUCCACACUCACUUCACUUCACUUCACCCAUUUUCCCUCUCUUCAAAGAUCCUUGCUUUCCUUUUCAAUGGGUUUCUUUCUGUUCUUCUUCCUUUCCUUACUGUCUUUAGCUUCUUCAGCUUCCAGGGAUCAUCACAAAACCUUCAUCGUUAGAGUCCAAAACGAUGCCAAGCCUUCCAUUUUCACCACUCACAAGCACUGGUACGAGUCUUCCCUUGCCUCCGUUCUUUCCCCUUCCACUCCCGCCCAAGUUCUCCAUGUUUACGACACCGUUUUCCACGGUUUCUCCGCUAAGCUUUCCCCCACCGACGCCCUCAAUCUCCAAACGCUUCCCCAUAUCCUCGCCGUUAUCCCCGAACAAGUCCGCCGCCUGCACACCACGCGCUCUCCUCACUUCCUUGGCCUCCAAACCACUGACAGCGCCGGCCUUUUGAAAGAAUCCGACUUUGGGUCGGAUCUUGUCGUCGGAGUCCUUGACACGGGUAUUUGGCCUGAGCGUCAAAGCUUCAACGACCGUGAUUUGGGGCCUGUUCCCUCUAAAUGGAAAGGCCAAUGUGUGACGACAAAAGAUUUUGGUCCCGGUUCUUGUAAUAAAAAGUUGAUCGGAGCAAGGUUUUUCUGCAGCGGGUACGAAGCAAGUAAUGGGAAAAUGAACGAAACCUCCGAGUUCCGUUCCCCGCGAGAUACGGACGGUCAUGGGACUCACACUGCUUCCAUUGCUGCUGGGAGGUACGUAUUUCCGGCUUCUACAUUAGGUUAUGCUAAAGGAGUGGCUGCCGGGAUGGCGCCUAAAGCGAGACUUGCUGCUUACAAAGUUUGCUGGACUGCCGGUUGUUUUGAUUCUGAUAUUCUCGCCGCAUUUGACGCCGCCGUAGCUGAUGGGGUUGAUGUGAUUUCGUUGAGUGUUGGUGGUGUCGUGGUACCCUAUCACCUUGACGCCAUUGCUAUCGGUGCUUUCAGUGCUGCUGAUCAGGGGGUAUUUGUGUCUGCCUCAGCUGGAAACGGUGGUCCUGGUGGAUUGACCGUCACUAAUGUGGCUCCUUGGGUGGCUACGAUCGGUGCAGGGACGAUUGAUAGGGAUUUUCCAGCUGAUGUCAAGCUUGGAAACGGGAAAGUCGUGCCUGGAGUCAGUGUGUACAAUGGGCCGGGUUUAUCUCCGGGCCGGAUGUACCCGUUGGUAUAUGGCGGGACCGGUGGUGGUGAUGGCUAUUCAUCUUCUUUAUGCUUAGAAGGUUCACUGGAUCCUGUGUUUGUCAAAGGUAAAAUCGUUGUGUGUGAUAGGGGGAUUAAUUCCAGAGCUGCUAAAGGGGAAGUUGUCAAAAAAGCCGGCGGAAUUGGAAUGAUUUUAGCUAAUGGUGUUUUCGACGGUGAAGGGUUAGUCGCCGAUUGCCAUGUCUUGCCAGCGACCGCCGUUGGUGCAUCAAAUGGGGAUGAGAUUAGGGGGUACAUUGAUUCCGCCUCUAAAUCCAAGUCACCAGCCACCGCCACCAUCCUCUUUAAAGGGACUCGAUUAGGUGUCCGACCAGCUCCCGUCGUGGCUUCAUUUUCUGCUCGAGGGCCUAACCCUGAAACUCCCGAAAUUCUGAAACCUGAUGUCAUUGCUCCAGGAUUGAACAUCCUCGCCGCCUGGCCCGACAAAGUUGGUCCAUCUGGUGUUUCAUCAGACAGUCGAAACACUGAGUUCAACAUUCUUUCGGGCACAUCAAUGGCUUGUCCCCAUGUUUCCGGGUUGGCCGCAUUGUUGAAGGCGGCUCACCCCGAAUGGAGCCCCGCGGCCAUAAAAUCCGCUUUGAUGACCUCCGCUUAUACAGUCGACAACCGUGGCGAAACCAUGCUCGAUGAAUCCAAUGGGAAUACUUCCACCGUGUUAGAUUUUGGAUCCGGUCACGUUCACCCCACGAAAGCUAUGGAUCCAGGACUGGUUUACGAUAUCACCACAAUGGAUUACAUAGAUUUCUUAUGCAAUUCCAAUUACACGAUCAACAACAUCCGAGUACUCACCAGGAAGAAUGCCGAUUGCAGCGGCGCAAAACGAGCCGGCCAUGUCGGGAACCUGAAUUACCCAUCACUCUCCGCCGUUUUCCAACAGUAUGGCAGGCGUAACAUGUCUACACAUUUCAUCAGACGAGUCACUAACGUCGGUGAACCGAAUUCGAUCUAUAAAGUUACAAUUCGACCACCGAGCGGCACGGUGGUUACUGUUGAACCAGAACAGCUUGUAUUUAGAAGAGUUGGCCAAAAACUCAACUUCCUUGUAAGGGUUCAAACCAUGGCAGUGAAGCUCUCCCCUGGUGGCACUAGCAUGCAAGCUGGUUCAAUAGUAUGGAGUGAUGGGAAGCAUGAAGUUACUAGUCCCUUAACUGUGACCAUGCAGCAACCUAUAUAACUCUGUCUGUAUGUUAAAUUGUUAGUGUUUUUGAGAUUUAGGAUUUUCGGUCACCUUGUUUUUUAUAUAGGGCUUUAGUAAGAAUUUUCUGUGUAACGAAAUUAUGCUGGCGUUUUUCUAUAUCAGAAAAGCUGGUGGAGUUGGCUUGUAAUGCAAUUAUGAAGCAAGGAAUGUUUUGUAAAACUUGUAUGUGUUGAGAAGAUGCCAAAGGGUAAUGAAAAAAGUUGUUAAAAUCUAAA